CAAUGCCGGUGUAUGACGCACAGACUGCGGUCAUUUUAGUCGCCAAACACAGAGACACAAGCAGGACACACUGACUGACAGCUGAAUAACCUCACCAUUCAAAAGCAGCAGAUCGAAGAACCAAGAGCAAGGGACUCAGAAUUAAUAUGCUGCCAGGCUGUGAAUGCAGGGCAUUUUGGCUUUAAAGAAAACAUCAAAAAAGGUCCAACUUCCUCAUUCAACAGCAAAGUGGUAACAUCAUGGACAUUUUUGGAGGCGCCCCUCGUGUUUUGGGCUACUCGCGCCCUGUGGUGGCACACUGCGGAACAGACACAACUCUCAGGUGCCAAAUUGGCGGGGACCCACGCCCUGACGUGAUCUGGGAGCAUAAAAAUGUCCAGAUUGUGACUGAAGGGCGGUAUAAGCUCUCAGAGGAGGGAAAGUUCUACCUGUUGAACAUCAGGGAGGUGAACGAGCAGGAUGCUGGCCAGUAUAUAUGUAAAGCCAGAAACAGUGUCGGGGAAACGUAUGCCACAGCUUCCCUCAAAGUGGAGGGAAAUGGUCAGCAACUAGACGUUAAUGGUGUAGAGGAGCACAUGACAGGAAAUGGGCAUGUGAAUGGGCACAGCGCAAUACGAAAUGGCGACCACAGAAAAAAGAAUGGAGAGCACAUGCUUGACCAGGAGGACUUCACGUCUGAUGACAAACCGAGGUUCCUUAUCAAGCCCUUGUCGUUACGAGUGGACAGAGGCGAGGACGCCGCCUUCUCCUGCAAGGUCUGGGGCAAGCCACUGCCGGAGCUGCUGUGGGAAAAAGAUGGCAAGAAACUGAACGACAUCUUUGAGAGCUCCCACUUCGCUGUUAGCAGUCAAGAAGGUGGAUGGUUCCAGCUUAAGAUUUAUCGAACGCGCAUGCCUGACAAGGGUGUCUACACCUGCAAGGCAAUCAACUGUAAUGGCGUGGCCCUGGCUGGUGCAGUCCUCCUUGUUGAGCCUGUGCCAGAGCGUGUGGAGAGCAAAUUAUCCAGUCAGUCAAAACACCGAGGAGGGAAGCUCAGUUUGUUGAGGCUCAAGGAGGAGCCAUCGGUCAGUGCAUCUAAGGUCAAGAAGUUCGUGGUGGUAGAGGGGAAACACGCCAAGUUCCGCUGCUGUGUCACAGGGAAACCAAAGCCAGAAAUCAUCUGGAAGAAGGAUGGGGUGCCCCUCGAGCCCGGCAGGCGCCACCUCAUAUUUGAGGACAGAGAAGGCUACUACACGCUCAAGAUUCUGUACUGUAAAGUUCAGGACACAGGGCUGUAUGUGUGUGCUGCAUCCAACGCUCUUGGAAACACUCUCAGUGCUGUUCAUCUGUCAGUCAAAGGCACUCAUGUACGAUUCAAGUGUCCCUUAAAAGAUGUGGAAGCAAGGGAGAGGGACAUUGCUGUGCUGGAAUGUGAGGUUCCCGAUGAGUCUGUCCCUAUCACCUGGUACCUGGAGGAUCACAGGCUGAUGCCCAGCAGCAAAUACGGGAUGGAGCAGCAAGGUACCAGGCGAAAACUCACCAUCCAAGAUGUGGGAAUGGACGAUGAUGGAGUGUAUCUCUGCGAGACGCCAGAUGGGGCAAAGAGCAUAGCAGAGCUGUUGGUCAAAGGUAAAAUAGUACGUAAGCUUCCGCGAAAGGUGGAGGUGUUGGAAGGCGAGAAUGCUGCAUUUUGUGUGGAAGUAGAGGACGAAGACAUGGAGGUCCAUUGGUUCAAAGACGGACUAAAACUGCACGACACUCAUCAGACAAUCCUCAAGUCUUUUGGAAAAACUCACAUGCUGGUCUUUGUCAAUGUGGCCUACCAAGACUCUGGGGUGGUGACUUUUAUCACGGGAAGAUCCAAGACUUCGUCACGCCUUAAAGUCAGGGCCACAAGACACUGCCCACCGAUGUGUCCCGUUGGAGUCAAAAUGGAUGUGGAUGGUCCAAACGGAGCCUUGCUCUCUUGGGUUCCUGCGCCAAACAGCCAGACAACUACUCGCUCCAUCUUUGUGGUGGAGAGACAGGAGUUGGGCUCACUAGAGUGGCAGAAGUGCUUCACCUCCGAGACCGGCACCUCAACUGAGGUCUGCGGAAAUGGUGUGCCACAUGAGGGAGACUACCGUUUCAGAGUCUGUUGCAUCAAUAAGUAUGGCCGCAGUGGCCAUGUAGAGUUUCCAAAAGUUGUCCAUCUUGUUCCAGGGCCAAAGAUUUACAGUCAGCUUCAGGGCCUCGAGGUCACAGAGGGAGAAGAUGCUGUCUUUUCCAUCGGGCUCUCGACCUCAAUUGUUGGUUCGUGGUUUUUGAACAGUGCCCAACUGCAAAACGGUGGACGAUAUUCUAUAAAACAGUCGAAAACACAGCAUACCUUGGUUAUUCAUGAAACCGUCACUACUGAGGACGAGGCGGAAAUUACAUUCAUCGGCAACGGGGUGCGAGAUUCAGCUGUUCUCAAGGUUAAACCAGCUGUGGUGAAGUUCAGUCCUCUUUUGGAAUCUGACAGCAGCAAGAGGGUGGAGACUGGUGACGUCAUUGUGCUGUACUGUGAAGUCUCCUGCCCUUCGGCUAAAGUAAGCUGGUUCAAAGAUGGUGAGCAGGUGCAGGCGAGUGACAGUAUGAAGAUCCAAUCAGAUGGAAACAUGAGGAGAAUUGUGAUCCACUCAGCUGAGAAGCAUCACACUGGAGUUUACACAUGUCAGACAUCAGGGAAUGUCAUCGCAUUCACUGUUGACGUUGCAGGUCCUCCAGUGGAGUUCAGCCGAGCUCCUGAAGAAGAGCUCCAUAAGAGCAGCAUGGAGCUGGACCCAGUGGUACUGCUCUGUCAUGUCUCCAGAGAGGAUGCUCAAGUUGUGUGGUAUAAGGACGGUUGUGAAAUUGAACCCAGUGACAACUUCACCGUGCAGGCAGAGGGAACCCUGAGGAGGCUGAUCAUACGCUCUGCCGAAGCCGCAGAUGCGGGCAGCUAUACCUGCCAAGCAGGAAACAACAGCAUGGAGUUCAUUGUCAAUGUCCGAGAGCCCCCAGUGAUGAUUGUAAACCCCAAAGACGAUGUUGUGAUGGAGCGUUACAUUUCCGAGGAAAUUCAGCUGCAAUGCGAGUUGUCUCGCACCGGUGGAAAGGUGCAGUGGUUCAAAAAUGGCGAGGAGGUGAAGGAGGGUCGCAAUAUCCAGCUGUUAAGAGAAGGUCCCUACAGGAGGCUGACCAUUCUCCGCAGCACAGUGGAGGAUGGGGGGGAGUAUAUCUGCGAGACAAAUGGGGACUCUGUAUUCUUCCAACUGACUGUCACAGAGCCCCCUGUACGAAUCCUUUCCCCCACCGAGUCGGUGCUUGAACUUACCCAACUGGAUUCCACAAAGCUACAGCUCAGAUGUGAGAUCUCACAUUUAGAAGCUCAUGUCACAUGGUACAAAGAUGGCCUGGAGGUAGAGGAGGGUCCAAACCUCAUCCUGGAGGUAGACGGGGCAAAACGUCAACUGGUUAUCCCUGUGGCCUCUGUAAAGGAUGCCGGAGAGUAUGUGUGUGACACUGAAGAUGACUCAGUUACCUUCAUGGUGACUAUUAAAGAGCCACCGGUGGCGCUUUCCCGUCUUGACAACACACUGAUGAAACUGGAGAGUUUUCCAGGGAAGCCAAUAAUAUUGGAGGUCCAGGUGUCACGCCCCAAUGCGGAUGUGAAGUGGCUGCAAAAUGGGCAAAAGAUGGAGGAGAGCAGUUCUGUGACCAUAACAGAGAAUGGUUUAAUCCGUCGUUUAACGAUCCACUCUCCUUCUGUGGGAGAUUCUGGCACAUACAGCUGUGACGCCGUAGAUGACAGGCUUGACUUCCAGGUCCAAAUUUCAAAGCCCCCGGUGAAGAUAUUAAGGAAGUCUGACAUUGACACAAACCUCAAGGUACUGAGUUCUGAUGACAUUGUGUUAGAAUGUGAGCUCUCCAGCACCGAUGCCGAAACCAAAUGGUACAAGAAUGGCUGUCGAAUUGAGGGUGACGGAAGAUUCUGCGAGGAGGAGGAAGGCACUUUCCGCUCACUUGUCAUCCUCAAUGCUGAGCUUGGAGACUCUGGAGAAUACUUUAUGGAUGCUCAAGAUGACAACAUUAGCUUCAUGGUUACAGUGCAAGAGCCUCCUGUGGCCAUUUUGGGCAACUCAAACGAUGCGGACUUCCAGGAAAUGACAGCAGGUGACGACUUGAUCCUGGCUUGUGAGGUGUCCCGUGCAAACGCUCCUGUCCAGUGGUACUGCAAUGAUAAGCUUCUUGUCAAUGACUCUCGCACCUGUAUCGAAUGCUAUGGGACUCUGAGGAAAAUCAUCAUCUCAAACGUCCAACCUUCGGAUUCUGGGAAGUACAUAUGUGACGCAGUGGAUGACAUGCUGAUCAGUAUUGUUAGAAUUCAAGAACCUCCAGUGACGUUUGUAAAUAAGGAGGAUGACAUUGUUGUGACUGGUUACGAGGCAGAAAGUGUGACUUUGACCAGCUGUGUGUCCAAGGACAGUGCGCUGGUGCGCUGGCUGAAAGACUGGACACCAGUUGAAGGUGAGCGUUUCCAGGCACUCAUUGAAGGACAUAGGCGUACCCUCACCAUUGCACCUUUGAGGCGCUCGGAUGCUGGAGAGUACACCUGUGAUGUCAGCACUGACCAAAUCCACUUCAGCCUGCUGGUAAAAGAAAUGAGAAUAAAAUUUGUAAAGCCACUGCAAGACACUGUGGCUUACGCCGACGGAAUGGUGACCCUUCGCUGUGACGUGUGCAAACCCAAAGCGGAUGUGCAGUGGUUGAAGAAUGGUGUUGAGGUGGUUCCAAAUAGAAGGUUCUCCAUUCGAGCAGAUGGAGUCGAGCAAAGUUUGACCAUACACCGUUUGACAAGGGAGGAUUCUGGAGAAUACUCCUGCGAGUCCAGAGAUGACAGGACGGCAGCAACACUUACAGUACACAUGCCCCGGGUGGUGGAGUUCCUCACUGAGCUCCACAACACCGCUGUUCUAGAAGGAGAAGAUGCGACCUUCAAGUGUGUGGUUUCGCCUGAAGAUGUACAGCUCGUCUGGUUCAUGGACAAUGAGGUGAUCUAUCCUACUGACCGUUUCCAGGUCACACAGAAUGGUCUGUGCCACACCUUAGUGAUCAGGACGUGCCAGAUGUUGGACUGUUCCAAAAUCACAGCUGAAGCCGAAGGCACAACAAGCAAAGCAAGCCUCAAAGUCCAGGAGGCUCAGAUUAUGUUUACAAAGAAAAUGGAGGCUGUCAUGGCAGAAGAGUUUGGUGAUGCCACCCUGGAGACGGAGAUCAGUCUUGAAAUCGGCGAGGUUCAGUGGAUGAGGCAGGGGGUGGUCAUCCAGUCUGGGCCCCGACAUACACUCACCCAGGAUGGUCGUAAACGCCGUCUGACAAUUCACAGUUUGAAUCUUACGGAUCGUGGAACCUACCGAUGCGAGACUCUGCACGACAGGACCCAGGUCAAGCUAAAUGUAGAGCCCCGCAAAAUAUCCAUCCGUAAAGGCCUGACUGACCAGGAAACCUUUGAACGUGAGACAGCAUCUUUUGAGGUGGAACUGUCCCACAGUGAUGUGGAGGGCGUUUGGCAGAAGGACGGCAUCAGGGUGAAGCCAAACAACCAGUUCAGGGUGAGCUCCAAUGGGCGAGUUCAUGGCCUCACCCUUUGUAACCUCACUCUGGAGGACACCGGUACCAUUGCCUUCUCUGCCGAAGGGGUGCGCACGACUGGCAGGCUAACAGUCAAAGAGACUCCGGUCACCAUCUUGAGCGCUCUGGCUGAUGUCCGUGUUGAAGAAGAAUAUCCUGCCACUCUGGAGUGCGAGUUCUCUCGACAAAACAUUGAUGUCAGAUGGUUCAAGGGUCGGACAGAACUAAAGCCAGGUAAGAACUACCGGAUCUACUCCAUGGGGCGAAAGAAGUUCUGUCAGAUCCUACAGUGCUCUGUGGCGGAUGCUGGUAUCUACACGUGUGAUGCUGGGGAAAGCAGUACUUUCUGUUCGUUGGAGGUUUAUGAGCAUGAGCUGACGAUUGUCCAGGAUCUGGAGGAUCUUUACAUCCAGGAGGAUCAGAACGCAGUCUUCAUGUGUGAGAUUUCCCUCGAGGAUGUGAACGGAGAGUGGUAUAAGGAUGGACACAAGAUCCGGCCUACCUGCACCAUCAAGACCCGCACAGAAGGCACCAAACACUUCCUGCUGAUGUGCAACGUCAAAGUUGAGGACGCUGGAGAAAUACGCUUUGUGAGCAGAGAUCUUGUAUCUACAGCUUACCUCGAAGUAGAAGAGCUCCCAGCGUCCAUCCUCAAACCCUUACGGGACAGGACGGCUUUGGAGAAACACCGUGUCAUCCUCGAGUGCACCGUGUCUUCACCUCGCUGUAGCGCCACCUGGUACCGAGGCAAGGAAAGGCUCGACCCCUCAGAUCGAGUGGAAAUCCUGGCCGACGGCUGCUCCCAUAAAUUGGUCAUCCAGCAGGUAGCGGUGGAGGACGAGGGCACCUAUAGUAUUGAGGUUGGGGAGCACACAUCCAAAGCCAAACUCAUGGUGGAAGCUCAGGAGCUUGUAAUGGUGCGAGAGCUGGAGGAUGUGGAGGCAACGGAGAAUGAAUCAGCGACUUUCCAGUGUGAGGUCUCUGUGCCGAUAAGCAGACCCCCAGUUUGGACGCUGAACGGCGAGAGCCUUCAGCACGGCCCCUCGGUCCGCGUGGAAAACCACGGCACUGUUCACAAACUCACGCUGAAGAAGACCAGCUUGGACAUGAGCGGCGUGGUCAAGUUCAACGUAGGCAAGGCAAAGAGCAGCGCCGUGCUCAGCGUGACAGAAGCCGUAUGACCACGAACAACACGGCAGCAACGCGGAUCCUUUUUUACCGUAAUAUUUAUUUCCCUGAUCAAGACUUCUAG